AUGCCUUCUUCAACCGCCUCUACCAGUUCUUUAAUUCAUCCUGAACUGGAAAAAAUAGAAAUUGAUCAUCAAAAUCGCCAAUGGCUAUCCUUUUGCGAAGAUAAUAACAAAUUAUAUUGUUCAAUUUGUCUUGCGUACGGUGGGUCAAACGAAAAUAUUUUUACUAAAGGUUUUUCCAAUUGGGACUAUGUUCAUCAGUACAUUGAAAGACAUGAAACAAGUAAAUUUCACGAUGAAAAUGUUAUGAAUCAUUUUAUGCGCUCAAAAAAUACUUUAAACAUAACAACACAAUUUCGAUCAUUACGAAAAGAAAAUAUCAUGUUCAAUAGAAAUGUGCUAACCAGAGUAAUAAAUGUAAUAAAAUUAAUAGGCAAAAGAGGUUUAAGCUAUAGAGGAAAGAGAAACGAGAGCCUCUAUACAUUUGAUGACGAUAACGUAGAUCAUGGCACGUUUAUAGAAAUCAUUAUUUUAUUAAGCAAAUAUGACGAUACACUGAAAAAUCAUUUACGAAACUGUAUAGAAAAAAGUAAAAAAAUUCAUGAAUGUGGAAAAAGACAAGGAAGGGGUAACUUAAUUAGUUUUUUAUCCAAAACUACUGUAAAUUACGUAAUUGAAGCAAUUUCUCAAUUAAUAAAAAAUAAAAUUUCACAACAAAUUAAUGACUCUGGAAUGUACAGUAUCCAAAUAGACACUACACAAGACGUAAGUGUGCAAGACCAGUGUGUGGUUGUUGUGAGGUAUAUUAAUAAUAAUAAUAUUAAUGAAAGACUUUUAUCCACCAUUAAUAUGGAUUCAUCGACUGGUGAAUCAUUUUACAACGUUGUAAAAGAACUUUUAGAAAUUAACAAUAUCGAUAUAACAAAAUGUAUAGGUAAUUCUACGGACGGUGCAAGUAAUAUGCAAGGCAAAUAUCAGGGUUUUUCUGCUCACAUGUUAAAGUCAAAUGCUGAAAAUGUGCACGUAUGGUGUUAUGCACAUAUUUUAAAUUUAGUUAUAUCUGACAUUACUCAAUCUUCCAUAACGGUUGCUACAUUAUUUAAUUUGUUAAAUUUAAUUGCUGUUUUUAUUAGAGAAUCAUACAUCCGAAUGAAUAUGUGGAAUUAUUUUAAUAAAGAUAAUAAAAGAAAGAAAUUGAAUAUAAUUGGAGAAACACGAUGGUGGGCCAAAGAUGCUAUCCUUAAAAAAAUAUUUGGUAACUAUAACAACCCCAAAGAUGGAUUAUUUGUGGAAUUAAUACUGACGUUAAAUGAAAUUUCUUUAAAACCUAAUUUUAAAGCAGAAAUUCGCCAAAAGGCUAAAUAUUUUAUAGAUUCUCUAACAAAAUAUGAAACUAUAUUAACUGCUAAAUUAUUUUUAAAAAUUUUCGAAAUUACAACGCCAAUUUCCAACUAUUUACAAGAGAAAGGUUUAGAUUUUAUUAAAGCUUACAAUAUGAUUUCCUGUGCAAUUCAAUCUCUAAAAGAAAUAUCAAGAAAUUUCUGUGUAAUUAAUGAAGUUUCGGAUGAAUUUGUAAAUUAUGCCAAUAAUAAUUUAGAUGAAAUGGAAUGCGAUGUUAUGCUGGAAUCUAAAUUACCAGAAAUUAGGCGACGUCAGAAAAAAAUAAUGCCCGGAGAAAAAGCUUUGGAUGAAACUACUUCGAAUGCGUUGAAGAAUUUGAAGUGA